AUGUCUGCUCCCGUGGACCUUCCUCCCAGAGGAAGCAAGUCUCUAGCCGCUGAGGUGGAGAAAAAGCUACUGACUCACUUGAUAAAGAACUUAUCUCUCAUGCCUACAGAGAUGAACCUGAAACCCAGAGUGGCCAGAGUAUCCAUAAUGAUUAGCUCAGAGCCACUCUGUUGCACGGGGUGGUCAGAAGGGCCCGGCCAGCUUCUGGACGGCCACGCUACCCUACCCAACUCCCAGGCAGGCCAGGAAGGCAAGGCCAGCGCCUUCCUCUUCGUGGAGGAGGCGUACUGGGCGGCCACGACCAGCGAGCGCAGGCGCGUGCCCUUGAAGAGCCCAGAGAGGGCGCCUCUAAGGAGAACCCCCUGCUCCCCACCACCCCACGCAACCCCUCCUCAACAGCGGCGGCGCAGGCGCGGAGACGCCGCCCCACCCCCACCCGCAGCCCCGCGAGGUGUAGCCGGAACUUCAGCCCAGGUGGGACUGGAGCCUAGGCACCCAGACAACAGCGAACCCCACCUCAUUCGAGGGGACCUACAGGGCCGAAGUCAUGCCAACCUGGGGCCCCCGAAGAGAAAGUACAAGUGCCACGACGCAGGCUGCGAGAAAGUUUUGCGCCUUGAGAACUCACAACGGCAAGAGGGCCUUCGCCUGCGGCUGGCAGCACGGCAACCUGAAGUUCGCGCCUCCGCCGACCUGGCGCGGCGCCGCCUCACUGCGCACGCGCGAGAGCGUAUGUGGCCCACCUGUGGCAAGCUCUUCACGGGCGAGGACCGCUUGAGGAAGCCCGCGCGCCCCGGCACCCACUCCUGCCCGGCUGCUGCAGCCGCCCCGCGGGGACCCGGCCCCGCUCCCUCAGCGACGACAGCCGCUCCGACGACGCCAGCAGCUCUACCACCAGCCCGGCCCACGCGCCCUGAGCGCCCGGCCCCCGCCGGGCUCUCACUAGCCCCGCCGCCCCCGCCCCUCGUCGCCAUGGGCCGAGGCCUGAGGACCCUCCCCCUUACCGCAGCCAAAAGCAGAUGUUCUCACUUGGUCUCCUGA